AAAAGGAUAUCCUUCUCCUUUUACAAUUCCAGAAACACCCUUACACAGCUGCCUUGCAUUGCAUGAGAGGAGACUCGCACUCUCAAAACAGCAACAACAACAUAAAAAAAAAACAAAUAAAGAAAGAAAGAAAGAAAGAAGAUUGGUGCCGAGUGAGUGAGUGGGUUUCCAGUAAGAGAAUAAAGAAGAAAUGGUGUCGGACUCGGACCUCGUGACUCGGCUCCGUGAAAUUCUCGGGAGGUCGGACUUGGACACGGCCACUGCCGGCAGUAUACGGCGGCAGUUGGAGGAGGAUCUCAGCGUUGAUUUAUCGGAGAAAAAGAAGUUUAUUAGAGAGCAAAUUGAUACUUUUCUCGAAACCUUUAAUGGAGGAGAAGGUAAAUCAGAGAAUGUGUCAGAAAAUGAAAAUACCGAAAACGACGCCGUUGAUGACGAGGAAAAUGAAAACGACGGCGUUAAAGAAGAAGAGGAAGAGGAAGAGACUGAGACAAAGGAAAGCAAAGGGUCAAACAAGACAGAAAAAGUGAGGAAAAGAGGUGGUUUUGCUAAAUUAAGUAGCUUAUCUCCACAGCUUCAAGCAGUUGUUGGAGUGCCUGAAUUGGCCAGAACUGAGGUUGUGAAGAAGCUUUGGGCCUAUAUCCGCGACAACAACUUGCAGGAUCCAAAGAAUAGGAAAAAAAUAAAAUGUGAUGAAGCAUUGCGUGCUGUCUUUCAUGUAAAUUCAAUUGACAUGUUUCAAAUGAACAAAGCCCUGUCCAAGCAUAUUUGGCCAUUAACUGGAGAAGAUGAAAGUGUAAAACAGAAAGAAAAAUGUGAAGACAGUAAUGAUUUUGGGAAUGAAGGAGACAAUGGAGGGGAAGAGGAGGAGGAACAAGAAGAGGAGGAAGAGGCGGAGGAGGAAGAGGUAAAGAAAGAGAGUAAUGGAAGAAGCAAGAAAGGACGUAAAUCUACCAAGGUGGAUGAAAAUGUUAAGAAAAGAGGAGGCGGCUUUACUAAAUUGUGCAGUCUUUCUCCUCAACUUCAAGACUUUGUUGGUGUUCCUGAAUUGGCCAGAACUGGGGUUGUGAAGAAGCUCUGGGCCUAUAUCCGGGAGAAGAAUUUGCAAGAUCCAAAGAAUAAGCGAAACAUAAUAUGUGAUGAAUCACUGCGUGCUCUUUUUAAUGUUGAUUCUAUUGACAUGUUUCAAAUGAAUAAAGCCCUGUCCAAACACAUAUGGGCUGUCUGUGAGGAAGAUGCUCCAAGCAACUCUUCACCAAAGGAAAAGGGGGCUAAACAAGGAAGAGAAGAAGAUCCUGAUGAGCCUAAACAGAAAGAAAAACGGCAGAAGAAAGGUGCUUAUGGUCUCCUUGCUCCCCUUCAAAUCUUGGAUGCCUUUGUCAAAUUUUUUGGCACUGGUGAAAAUGCAUUUUCUCGAUCUGAUGUGUGAACAAGUUGGUUUGAUGAACUAUCUUUCACAGACACUGUUUUGCCAACUUCAAUUAAUUGAUCUGCUGACAAGCAUGUUGGCAAAGCUUGCAUGAUAUCAUGUUUAGAGAAUAGGCUUCAGGCUCGACACAGGAAUAAUGCAAAUAUAGAUACACUACAGAGAAUAAAUUGAAGUGAGGACUGUUAAUAACAAGAGAGAGAGAUGCUUUUGGCUUGGUAACGUUCAUAUUGACAGAGCUUGCAUUAAGCUUGAGCUUGGUAACAUUCAUAUUUUGUGCGCCAAUAUUCAAUAGACAUAAUUGUGUGUCUGCAUGCAUGCAUGUGUGUGUUUCAGAAUCAUCUCUUCAUCCUAUACUAGAAAGCUUUUGAGUGGAUGGUGUCAUCAGUUACAUGGUUUAUGUAUUUUCUGUACAAUCUAGCCCUGUGUUUUCAUGAAUUUCUCUUCAUUCUAUGAUCUUUAUUGAAGUAUAUUGAGUGGAGGGUGUCACCAGUUAUAUGGUUUAUCAAUUUCUUAUAGAAAUCCAGCCCUGAGUAGGUCUCCAUCAUGAUAAGGAAAUCCCAAGUUUGCUACAAAAUUACAACAUGCACCCGCACCCUGAAAAUAACCAGAGUGCCAGUAAUUUGAAAUUUUCUAAAUCUGAAUUGCAAGGCAUGAAUAAACAAACAUUUGAUGCACCUGUUUUUCAAAAAGAGAAAACAGUGAUCUUUCAAUCCAUUCUCUUAUUUGUCUUCUUUCAUAUGUUGUGUUAAUGAAAAGAGAGGCAAGGAUAGCUGAAACUAAUUUAUGAAUGCAAGUCACAGCUUAAGAGGCUGAAUUUCAAUGUUGAUAUCUGAAGUUAACCCUGAGCGAGUUGGAUAGCAAUGACACUGCUGAA